CGGCAGCAGCCACUGCGGCCCGCGUCAAGGUGACCGGCCGGGACUGCGGCGGCGGCGGCGGCGGCGAGAGCGGGCGUGGCUACUGUGUGCAAAGAGAAGUGCUGGGAUGGUAUAUCCUAUUGACCUGGGAUUAUGAAGCCCGUCAUGUAUUCCUGAGUAAAAGCGUCUCAUCCUGAGGGAGUUCACCAAGCCCCUGCAUACUGGCGUGGAUACCCCUGUGCAAAUCAGGCUCUCCUGCCUCCCCAGGGCCGCCCUCCUCUAGGACUUCUCCAGACAGGUUAUGUCACCGACAGAGGCUGCCCUGAAGCUCCCUGCGGCCUGGAGACUAUGUACAAGAGGAAUGGUCUGAUGGCUAGUGUGUUGGUCACCUCUGCCACUCCACAGGGCAGCAGCAGCUCAGACUCUCUGGAGGGCCAGAGCUGCGACUAUGCCAGCAAGAGCUAUGAUGCCGUUGUCUUCGAUGUCUUGAAAGUGAGUCCCGAGGAGUUUGCUAGCCAGAUCACGUUAAUGGACAUACCUGUGUUUAAAGCCAUCCAGCCGGAGGAACUUGCCAGCUGUGGAUGGAGUAAGAAGGAGAAACAUAGUCUCGCCCCCAAUGUUGUGGCCUUUACCCGGAGGUUUAACCAGGUCAGUUUUUGGGUUGUACGAGAAAUUCUAACAGCACAGACUUUAAAAAUAAGGGCAGAAAUCCUGAGCCAUUUUGUGAAAAUAGCCAAGAAACUUCUAGAACUCAACAACCUUCAUUCUCUCAUGUCUGUGGUAUCAGCAUUACAAAGUGCACCCAUCUUCAGGCUGACAAAAACCUGGGCUCUUUUGAAUCGGAAAGACAAGACCACCUUUGAGAAAUUGGACUACCUGAUGUCUAAAGAAGAUAAUUACAAGCGGACCCGGGAAUAUAUUCGAAGCCUGAAGAUGGUUCCCAGUAUUCCCUAUCUAGGAAUCUAUCUUCUGGAUCUAAUCUACAUUGAUUCUGCAUAUCCCGCCUCGGGCAGCAUCAUGGAAAAUGAACAAAGAUCCAAUCAAAUGAAUAAUAUUCUCCGAAUAAUCGCUGAUUUACAAGUUUCCUGCAGCUAUGAUCACCUUACAACCCUGCCCCAUGUACAAAAGUACCUGAAGUCCGUACGCUACAUUGAAGAGCUCCAGAAGUUUGUGGAAGAUGACAACUACAAACUCUCACUCAGAAUCGAACCGGGAAGCAGCUCUCCAAGACUGGUCUCUUCCAAGGAAGAUCUUGCAGGCCCCUCCACUGGCUCCAGUUCUGCAAGGUUCAGCCGGCGGCCCACCUGUCCUGAUGCAUCUGUGGCUGGCAGCCUCCCCACACCCCCUGUCCCAAGACACAGGAAGAGCCACAGCCUGGGAAACAAUAUGAUGUGUCAGUUGAGUGUAGUUGAGAGUAAAAGUGCGACAUUCCCAUCGGAGAAAGCGAGGCACCUGCUGGACGACAGUGUCCUAGAGUCUCGCAGCCCCCGCAGGGGCCUCGCCCUCACCUCCUCUUCUGCCGUCACCAAUGGACUCUCCCUAGGCAGUAGUGAGAGCUCAGAGUUUAGUGAAGAGAUGUCUUCAGGGCUGGAAAGCAGGGGACGUCUCUAUGCCACGCUGGGGCCCAACUGGCGGGUUCCAGUUCGGAAUUCUCCCAGAACCCGGAGCUGCGUCUAUAGCCCCACAGGCCCGUGCAUCUGUACACUGGGGAGCUCAGCCGCAGUGCCCACCAUGGAAGGUCCCCUGAGGAGGAAAACCCUGCUCAAGGAAGGACGGAGACCCGCGCUGUCCUCAUGGACCAGGUACUGGGUCAUACUCUCGGGAUCCACCCUCCUGUACUACGGAGCCAAGUCCUUGCGGGGCACAGACAGAAAACACUAUAAAUCCACACCUGGCAAAAAGGUCUCUGUUGUGGGCUGGAUGGUGCAGCUGCCUGAUGACCCUGAGCACCCAGACAUCUUCCAGCUGAAUAACCCUGACAAAGGCAAUGUUUACAAGUUCCAGACUGGUUCCCGGUUUCAUGCAAUACUGUGGCACAAGCAUUUGGAUGAUGCAUGUAAAAGCAACAGGCCUCAGGGUCUGAAAGCCCUUGUAUUCUCCCCCCGGACCAUGCCAGAACGGGAAGUUGUGAGACUUUCUCCCAGCUUCCUCGGAAGCACUCGGAGGCUGCCAUGCUCACGGAGAACAGCUGCACAGAAGCCACUGUGCACCAGCCUCUCCUGCAGGCCAAGGCUUUGCUCCCAUCAUCUACUGCCAGGGUGGGGCCCACUGGGAUUCCUGGGUACACUGGGGAGCUGAGUGAUGCUGAAGCCUUAAGCUCCCUCAAUCUUGCCCCCAACCGCGGUCACCAGCAAGUUCUCCAUAUCCAUAUCCAAGGGCACAAUUGUUGAUGACCGUGGUGACAAGAAAGCAAAGCCCUGGAGAGUGAACAGUCCCAGCUCUGCAUUCAGUUAAGAGUUCUUCACGUGAACAAUGUCCUUUACCUGUCACUGUCUUAUUUUUGAGUGACUUUUAUUUUGCACAAAUACAUCUUUAUUCAAAACAAUGAAUAAAAGUUAGCUUUAUUUAUGGUAGCUUUAUCACCAUAGCUUCCUUCCCUCCCUCUCUCUCUAAUCUGGGUGUCUAAAUUCUGAGAAGGAAACCCUGAAAUGGUUUUCUGAACUCCUGGGUCCCUGUUGCUAUCAUGGUUUCCAAGACAUCAAAUCACCCUUAAGAGUUUCUGGGCAAGAUGCUUCAAAACAACAUCUUAAACAGUAAACUGUGAUAGGUAAAUUUUAAAAUGACCAAAGAUUCACCACUGUAUUUUGAUCAAACGAUGACAACUCCUGAAAAUUCUAACAAACUGGUGAGGAAAGCAGUUCCCAUCAGGAACUUAGUGAGCUCAAGACUUAUUUUAUGGUCAAGACUUAGUGAGCUCAGCAACUAACCCUCCUUUGGAGCAAAGUCUAGAAUGCUUUUGUGCCAGGAGGAGCUCCAGGUGGUAAAGUUGGUGCCAUCCAACCUUGGCCAUGAGUGCUCUAUACACCUGCACACAGCUGGGGCCUGGUUGCAUGCACCCAGUUCACAUUGGUGACUAUUCAAAUGGGCAUCCAGAAGCCAAAUGAAAACACCAAACACUCCAACACCUCUCACCAGAACCAGGCAGUGUUAACGCUUUAACCUACAUUGAACCUGAUUCUACCUGUUAAUAUUUUUUUAAGUCUUAAGUUCAGAGAAAGGUGCAAAACUGGAAAAUCAGCUACUUAUUUUCCUUGGGUUUCUCUGCUUCUCAACUGUCCUGGCUCUUCUCAAAUGAAAUACUAUAGAUGUCAAUCCAAAAACCCUCAGAAUUUCAGGCUUCCUUUAAUUAGAGCAUUUUCUGCCCUUUACACAUUUUUCUUAUCUUUCACAAAUAUUUUCUUCUGAGCUGAAUUUGAAAUAGCACAAUUACAAGUCUUUUCAAAAUGUUUAGUCUGCUCGCUAAUUGAGACUGAUCCUACAUCCCCUCCUAGAAACAUUCUUAGCUUGGACUCCUGAAGAAUCUGCUUAGACCUUGUUGGCAAAGGCCUUUAGAGCUGGUAAGAACCUUGAAUGGAGAGGAAGAGCCCUAGAGGCGGGCCAAAAGAUGCUGGGCUCUCCCAGCUGGAACACGGGGCCAAGCACAUAAGGGCUGAUUGUCUUGCCUGCAUUGGUUUGUCCCUCAAGCAGCAGAUGAGAAGGCUCUCAGGCUGGCACAGAGGAGGCCAGGCACAAACCCCAAAAAGGGAGAAAUCCAUGGGUGGAUUCUCACUCUGGAGGGAAGCAUUUCUGGGUUUUGCUCUUUUUCCAUAAUGCACAAAUGUUUGUGAAACCAUCGAAGGUGGUUUGUCUUGCAUGCAUAUGCUAGGUUUUUGGGGUUUUUUUGAGCAAACAGAUCAUGGUGCCCCAAAAUGAAAAUUAUAGGAUGCUGUCUACAAAUUGUAGAAUAGGUAAUUGGUAUCAUUAUGAUGCUCCAAGAACAACUCACGCACCUCUCCCUGAGAAUAAUUUUCACCCCUCUCAGUUGAAACAUGUUUUAUAACUCAAGGUCAGCCAAGUACAUUCUGACAACUGAAAUGCUUCAUGUAGGAUUGAUUCAGACAGGAGCAGUAGAAAUAAUGUUCUAAGUGUGCCCAAUGAGAGAGUGCGGCCUCCCCUUCCUUCCCUGAAGAAGCCCAUUCAUCACCCUGUCUCGCCAUGGAACCUAAAGAGGAAGAUACUUGAAGGCAUUCUGUUUAGGAAAGAACCCCCUCUCUCUUGCCUACUGGAUUUAUAAAGUAUCUUUUUCCUUACCAAAAUGGCCAGUAUUUCUUUCAUUAUCUUCCUCUCCCACCUUCCAAGCCCAAGACGAGUAUCUUUAGGAUGCCAUCUUACAAGUGGAAGAUGACCGAAAAUGGGAAGCCUUUCACAAGUGGGGUCUGAUUCCAUUCCACAGGUGGGGGCUACAACUCUGCACCCACAUUACUCAUGCUUGUAAACAAGGUGAACAUUGCUAAAAACACAACCUAACUUAUCUUGUGUGACUUUAAUAAAUGACUUUCACCAGCCUCACAUCAUACUGACAUGUGAUUUCAUGUUUUAAAAAGAAAGAAAAAAAUCUACAUGAGUCCCUUAGAAAUAGCAUUCUCUGUGCAAAACCACCCACCCACCCAUUCAUCCAUCCAUGGAUGGAUCAUCCAUCCAUGACUCUAGUGAGUGCUUCCUGUGUGCCAAGCUCUACCCAGGAUAUACUGUAAAUGGCUGAGAACGAGCAGACCUGAUCCUUGCCCUGGUGGAGCUGACCACAUUCAACAAACAAAUAAUCCUCACCAUGGCAUCUUCUCUGACAAGACCCUGCCUCUCUGCUAACACUGGGUAAAAAACCCUGUGCACAUUCCUCCAGAAAGGUCUCAAAAAUGCUCAACAGACUGAAUAGCCUCUUGAUCUGUGAGUUCAGUUGCAAGGAGAAUUAGAUAGAGUCGCUGUCCUAGAGGCUGGUUGUCGCAGAACACCCUGGCACAGAGCUAUGGUUGGGCAUACUGAGAAGGAUUCUGAGGUGGCAUGAAAGAGUAGGGUCAGAAUGUUCACAGUAUUUACUUCAGAGGCUUUUUAGUUUUAAUUUCAAUGUUAAAUGCAAGUACAGCAUGGGCAAGAGCUGCAUUUUCUUGGGUGUUGAGGACUUGUACCGUGGACUACCUCGGAGUCCUGUACUGCACAAGUGUGUGUACGCUGGGGGCAGCCUGGAAAUCCCUGUUUGCAGCAGCAACUCGAAGGAUCAUCUGUCCAUUUUAUAAUCAUUAAUCUCUUUACCCAUUUCUGAAUGACUGUGACCAUUCAGUAAUGAGAUAUUAGUAAUUAAUUUAUUAGUAUGGCAUAAUCUUUAAUAAAUUUUGUGCCAAAAUGCAUGGUUUUUCACUUAGCAUUCAAAAUGUUGCAUAGAGAGUAGUUUUCAAUUUCUUAUGUAUUCUUCAAAGUAAAUUGAAAAUCCGUUUCUACAUUUUAAUUCGUUUCUUGUUAAAUCUGUUGCACUACUCCUGGGCUGUCUUUUUUUUUUUUUUUUUUUUUUUUUUUCCAGCAGACCCCCUGCAUGCAGUUGUGUAAGGACUUUCUCUAAUUCUUGUGAAUUGUCUCACCCGCAAUAACCACUGAACAUCAGCCCUCUGUGGGAUUCUUUAGAUUUUUGGUGAAGUAUUUUGUUACCUCAGUCUUGUAUCAAGUUGCUGUAUUUUUCAGCUUGUUACACUGAUAAUUGUUUCACUAAUUAAAUACUUUAAUGUACAAA